AUGCUCGAUGAACAAGCACAGAGUCACUCGACGGACAUGGACAUGGAUGUCGGAUCGCGCUCUGUCUUGGCCACCCAGAAUGAAAAGAUUAUCUUCUGUAUCGACUUGGACCUCUCGAUGGACGAGCACUUCAUGAUUGGCGAAAAGUUGAACGAUACGAGAAUCAACAGGACUAAGCAAGUGCUGAAAUGGUUUAUUGCGCAAAAGUCAAAGUGGAACGCUGAACACGAGUUUGCAGUCAUCAUCUUGGGAGAGAAGGCCGUCUGGCAUGUGGAUUUUACAACGGAUACUGUUCUUCUUGAACAUGCAGUCGAUGAGCUCUACACGAUGGGAAAGUUUCCCAGCUUUGAUUCGACCAGCUUAUUCGAGUUGAUCGAGGUCACAGGCGAUAUCAAGCCCCAGGAAAUUUACGAUCGAUUGACAGAAAUGGAGGACACCCGUUCACCAGGAUACUUUUACGAGCUCACCCGGGUGCUCAAAAAGUUCAGUGUGGCGAUGGGAGAGCUGCUUGCGAACCCAGCCGUUCGGGCGGCUCAAGAAGACGGAUUCCCCAGGAUGGCAUCCCCUCCUAGUGUCAGGGCGACCCUGGAAAUGAUGGAACAACAGCAACAGCAGCAAGCACAAAAGCAAGCACCAUCGCCAAACGCCAAACGACCAGAGAUUCCAGUCAGGUACAAGAGUCCAGAGAUGACGGGUGCGUUAUCAUCGUCCACGUUCUUUGGAGGGGCUGCUGGUGCUGCAUCACAGCUUCCAACCACAGCAACGGGCGGCAAUGGCACCAAUGCCCCUCGUACGCCUCCCCCUCCACCUUCUUCUCACACUGCGGCUGCAAGAUCGACUUCCCCGUUUGGAGCCGCGAGUCCUUCGAGAGGCGCCAGGCUAGAGCUGUCGCAAGUAAGCAGUCGUCCUGGAUCUGUGACUGGGACGAGAUCACCCCCUUCUGGACCUGGUGGACCUGGUGGAGCGGCUGGAGGUGGCAAUGGAUCAGGAACUGGAGCUGGACCAGGAGCGGGGGGCAACUCUGGCGCUGGUACGGGUAUGGAUGAUGCGAUCCUCAUUUAA